AUGUACACCACCGAGGAUGCAUUUGAUCCAAACCUGACCAUGGACUUGGGGGUCAACCUGGAAAUUGUCAGACCCUUUUUGGGCAAAUAUCGUUCCUUUGUGGGGCGCUGCUGUCAAAAAUGCACCCCAAAGAGCUGGGGAUUUUUCUUUCACAAGCCCCUGGCUUCCAUGGGAUUUCGCAAUGUGAUCAAGAUAACAGAAGAAAACACCAGGUACAGAGGCUGGCUUGUAAGGAGGCUGUGUCACUUCCUGACUGUAUGUGACUGGAGGCUUUCUGCUGAAAUGCCACCCAAUCUCCAAGAAAGACUCUUUCACACCCAAAGAGUGCAAGAGGCUGUGUCCCUAAAAGGCGCAGGGGAUGCUGCAAGGACCGACUUGUCUGCAGAAGAGUGGAUGAAAGAGAUCCAGAGAAUUCUCUGCCAGAUACAAGCCCCCCUCUCUCCUUUCCUCUUGAGGUUCUGCCACUGGGUUCUGCUAAAAUUCCUGACCCGGAUGUUCCUCAAAGUGAUAGUCCACAAAGGGCAGCUGGAGAUGGUGCACAGAGCAGGAGAGGCUAAUACUCCUAUGGUUUUCCUUUCCACUCACAAGUCUCAUCUGGAUGGGCUGUGGCUUCCGUUCCUUUUGGCCUCCCAGGGUGUAGCCAUCCCUCGAGUGGCUUGGGAGAACAACACCUUCACUCCCUCCUACAGGGCUCUGCUGGCUUCGCUGGGAGGGGUGUUCCUGCCCCAGGGAAUGGGGCAGAGAUGGGACGGUGACGAAGGCGCCCUCUCCAGAGCCGUGGUGGCUUCCUACAUUGAAGAACUGCUCCUGAGCAAGCAAUCCCUGCUGAUCUUCUUGGAAGAGGUCUUCUCUGGGUCUCAACAGCUCUCUCUCUCCGGCAGAGCCUGGCUGAGCCUGGUCCUCAAUGCUUAUUACGCUGGGACCAUCCCAGAUGUCUUGAUAGUGCCUGUUAGCAUCUCUUACGAGAGAGCUCCUGACUUCAUUCACGGGGGGAAGGAGAGCCCCAACCAGACUCUCGGUCUCUGGACCACUGUGUGGACUCUCUGCCGAGCCGCUUGUCGGGGACUGGGCUGCGUCCGGAUCGACCUUGGUCAGCCCUUCUCCUUGCAGGAAUUUGUGACAAACAGAUGUUUCAGGCAGAACAGCUCUAGGAAGCAGCUGAAAGAACUGCUCUUACCUGAAAUUUUGGGCAGCUGCUCCAGCAUUCUGGAUUGUGAGAAAGUUGAAUGUUGGCCGACGAGCUCUCAAGAUGUUGUGGCACUGACUGUAGAAGAACAGGUUUUGCUGGACAAUUUAAGCCUACAUGCUUUGAGUGCAGGUAUAUCAUGUUCGGCCAUCAUGGCAGUCCAGAUCCUCUCUGCACUUCUACACAAGCACCAAGAGGGGGUUUUCCUUUCUCGACUAAUGCAAGACUUUGUUUGGAUCACCGAUGAGAUCCUGAUGCGCAACUGUGAUGUGGGGUUUUCCGGCCGGGUCCGUGAUGUGUUGUGUCAUGGCCUGUCCCUGCUGCGAGAGUGCAUUACCCUUUUUAGACUCUCCUUGGGAGAUGUCUUGGUGGUUCCCAAGAAGACCGAGGCGGCCAUCAGGGAGCUGAGCCAGCACAGCAUGGCUCUCUUGCCCGUCUUCAUCCAGGAAGCUGUUGGGGCUUGUUCCAUCAACGCUCUUCUGAUGGAGGUGCUGCCGUAUCUGGGGAGCCCUGAGCAGCUUGGGAACUUCGUCCUGGCCCACGAAGAACUUCACAACAAGUCUGUCCUGCUGGUCCAACUGCUACCCAAAGAUUUCCUUCUACGCCAGCCUUGCCAGUCGGUGCACUACUAUUGCCAACACGCCCUGGACAAGCUGGUGGAGUGUGGACUGCUGGUGGCCGAGGAGGUGCCCAGCGAUCACUUCGUGUGUGACACAGCCCAGAAAGGCUUUGCUGAGAAGUUUCUGUGGAAGGCAACUGAAGAUUUUGUCGACACUGACAGUCGGAAUGAGACCGAGAAGCAGUGCUUCAAAGUAAAUCAGUCAGAAAGUUGCUCCAACCUCUUUGUGUUCCUCUGUGGCCUCCUUGGCCCUCUGCUGAAGACGUUGGAGAGAGCCAUUGUCUUCCUUCAAGAGGUGGAUUUCCCUCAGCCAGAAUCUCUCUUCCUGGAGGAGCUGCACCAGGCCUUGGUGAAGCUGGCAAGAGAGGACGGUUCUUUUGAAUGUGCCAACAAGGCCUUGACUGCCACCGCCAUUCGCAUCUGCAAAGAAUUAGGGGUGUUCAAGGAAGUGAUGGAAGAAAAGAAACUUAUUCUCCAUCUAUCUGAAACUUUCACUGCCCAAGAAAAUCAAAAGAAACUGGAGAAAUUCAUCCAUCAGUUUAUCUACUAG